CUUAUUACCCCGCCGUUGGGGGUUAUUUUAUACGCUCCCUUCCAUGAAUCUAUCGUUGAUGUGCUCGUUUCUUUGCAGCUACUCUAUUUGAUUGAAGUCAUUCUACCAUAUAGUGCACGUCUAUUUGUCCAGCUAGACCUACCUCGAUCAUGCCACCGACCAACAUCGCUGACGACGCCUUUUUGGAGUUGAAGAACCUGGCGACAUGGGUCUACAAAACAGCCGAAAUGGGGGAGGAGAAGGGGGAAAAGAACCUUUCCAGAUGUAUGGAUAAAGAAGCUCGUGAAGCGAAAGUACGACCGUUAUUGGAGAAACUGGGUUAUGACAAAAUACAGGGCCAUCUUGUUGGACUAUUGCGAAUAUAUGGGAACAGUUCGAUCGAGAAGCCUGAUAAUUAUCGAUCGUUGUUGUUUUUCCCACUGUCUAUUGGCUCGGGGCCUGAAAGCAUAGUGUCAGGAGAGGUGCAGGUUGCAGGCGAAGUUCUUAAGCCUGGCACCUAUAUCCAACUCACGAGCACUUUGAACUUGGAUGCUCAAUUGGAUUGUCUUAUCGUCCUUCUGCCUUAGGUUGCAUGUCAGGGUCAAGGAGGCUUAUCCCAUCUUCUGGAAUCUAAAUUUGUACAAGUUUGUUUGGCGUUCUUUCCUCGGAAACUAGCUACCAGAGCGACGCAUAGUUAUAUAUAAAUAUAAUAUAGUUUUCACAAAGCCGAG